CCGGAAGUGGUUGUCCCUGUGCCACGUCAGUAGUAAUGCUGUUUCUCUCUAAGCUGUCACGCAGACUAAUGUAUUAGUAUCCUGCUGGAUCUCUGAGUAGACUUUUUGAACCAUUUAACAUGCAUUACUUUGCGCUUUGUUGUUUCAUCCUUAAUGUGAUCCUUGUUUGGAGCACAGAGGUUACUUUUGAGUUGCCUGACAAUGAUAAACAAUGUUUUUACGAGGAUAUAGAGAACGGUGUUAAGUUUGACAUAGACUUCCAAGUGAUUGCAGGUGGGAACUAUGACGUGGACUGCUUUGUGACAGAUCCACUGCACAACAUCUUGUAUCAUGAGCGAAAGAAGCAGUAUGACAGCUUCUCUCACACCACUGCCAUGGGGGGCGCCUACCAAGUCUGCUUCAGCAACGAGUUCUCCACAUUCUCCCAUAAAAUAGUGUACCUGGACAUCAGAACCGGUGAGGAGAGACCUCUCCUCCCGGUGAUGAACAGUGCAACAGCAUUGACUCAGCUGGAGUCCACUUGCCUCUCCAUCCACGAGAUCCUGAAGGUGGUGUCUGAGUCCCAGACGCGCUACCGCCUGCGGGAGGCGCACGACCGCAUCCGGGCGGAGGACAUCCAUGAGCGCGUCAACUACUGGUCGGUGGGCGAAACGGCGCUUCUGUUCGCCGUCAGCCUGGGCCAGGUGCUCAUGCUGCGAAGCUUCUUCAGCGACAAGAAGGGAAGCAUUGGCACCUAGAGAAAAUAACAUUGCGGUUCAAAUGAUGCACAUGUCUAGCCCCAGAGGUCCGCAGUGUAGUCCUCCAUGUGGUUCUCGCUCAGGUCCUCAACGCGGUCCUCACUGAGGACAUCAAUGCAGUCCUCAAUACUGGUCCGAAACCAAACAGGAUAGUCUUUUUUCAACACAUCCGUGAGUUGAUUUUAGUAGAGUGCAUAUUAUAUGGCUGAUAUAUAGAAGUUACAGUUGUGUGGAAAAUGAUGUCUUCCAGCACAGCAGAAAUAAAUAUUGUUUUGGUUUAUUUUCUGGAAGUACUUGAGAUAACUCGUUCUUUACAUAUGAAUGGACUUAUAUUUGUUGAGAUCUUUAUAUGAUAAUUCCAGAUAAUGGUGUAUGAUGCGUUGUGUUGCUCAUUUGUUUGUUUUAAUUAUUUUAUUUAUGUACUUACUACUAUGGUCUUCGCAGUUGUCCCUCCUCUCCGUCGUGUUUUUUUUCUACAUUUUCCUUUGUUCAGAGAUAAUGCAGUGCCUUAAGCGAUUUGGUAGUUCAAUUGUAGGCUAAUGUCUUAUUUGUUUAUUUCAAAUAAACAUGUGGUGGUUUACUGAA